AGCGCACACACUUUGCUUGCCUGCUGGGCUUCACGAUUCUCACGACAUCUGUUUAUCUUCUCCGAUUACCACGUCCAUGGAUCUCAGUCAAUGCUCUUUCAUCUCUAUGGAUUAGUCAAAUUCCCUCUUCACUUUAAUCUCUGUCCUUCUUCCACCUCUGAUCGGUUCCGACGGCGGAGAACUGUUUAGUGCCUUCUGCUCCUCCGUCUCCUGCGUUUCUUCUCUAAACCGACCAAAGGGGUUUUCGAGUUCUGUGAUUCCUCCCCGAUUCUUGAUCUGAUUUUACGAUAAAGCUUUCUCCUUUUUCCUUUUUUGGGUUCGCUGUGAAGAAAUUGUUGGAUCUGAAACGACGGAAAUCAAGAUGGGUUUUUUCAGUACGAUACUAGGGUUUUGUGGAUUUGGAGUUGGGAUUUCGUUGGGACUUGUCAUUGGCUACGUUAUGUUCGUCUACUUGCAGCCCAACGACGUCAAGGAUCCUGAAAUUCGUUCCAUAGCUGACCAAGACCCUAAAGAUAUGCAACGGAUGCUUCCAGAGAUACCGCUAUGGGUGAAAAAUCCGGAUUUCGAUCGUGUUGACUGGAUAAACAGAUUUAUCGAGUACAUGUGGCCUUAUCUCGACAAGGCCAUAUGUAAGACUGCAAAGAAUAUAGCAAAGCCAAUCAUCGAGGAGCAGAUACCUAAGUACAAGAUUGACUCUGUUGAGUUUGAAACUCUUACACUAGGCUCAUUACCCCCUACAUUCCAAGGUAUGAAAGUUUAUCUCACAGACGAGAAAGAGUUAAUUAUGGAACCAUGUUUGAAAUGGGCCGCAAAUCCCAAUAUCUUGGUUGCCAUCAAAGCAUUUGGGUUGAAGGCAACAGUUCAGGUGGUCGAUUUGCAAGUUUUUGCUGAGCCUCGUAUCACUCUCAAGCCACUAGUCCCAAGUUUUCCUUGUUUUGCCAACAUCUAUGUGUCUCUAAUGGAGAAGCCACACGUUGAUUUUGGACUGAAGCUUGGUGGAGCCGAUCUUAUGUCAAUCCCUGGCCUCUACAGAUUUGUUCAGGAACAAAUAAAGGAUCAAGUUGCGAACAUGUAUCUCUGGCCUAAGACCCUUGUAGUUCCAAUCCUUGACCCUGCGAAAGCGUUCAGAAGGCCUGUUGGAAUCGUCCAUGUGAAAGUUGUAAAGGCUGUUGGGCUGAGGAAAAAAGAUCUGAUGGGUGGGGCAGAUCCAUAUGUGAAAAUCAAGCUCUCUGAAGAUAAGAUUCCUUCUAAGAAGACAACUGUUAAGCACAAGAAUUUGAAUCCUGAAUGGAAUGAAGAGUUCAAAUUCUCGGUCAGAGAUCCCCAGACUCAGAUUCUAGAGUUCAAUGUGUACGACUGGGAACAGGUUGGGAAGCACGAUAAGAUGGGUAUGAAUGUAUUAGCUCUGAAAGAAAUGGUGCCUGACGAACAUAAAGCCUUCACCUUGGAACUGCGUAAGACUUUGGAUGGCGGUGAAGAUGGGCAGCCUGACAAGUAUAGGGGGAAGCUGGAGGUUGAACUCUUGUAUAAGCCAUUCACGGAGGAAGAAAUGCCCAAAGGCUUUGAAGAAACGCAAUCUGUGCAAAAAGCUCCAGAAGGCACACCAGCUGCUGGAGGAAUGCUUGUGGUGAUAGUGCAUUCGGCUGAGGAUGUUGAAGGAAAGCACCAUACGAAUCCUUACGUACGCAUCUAUUUCAAAGGGGAGGAGAGGAAAACAAAGCACGUGAAGAAGAACAGAGACCCAAGGUGGAAUGAGGAGUUCUCCUUCAUGCUCGAAGAGCCUCCCAUCCGUGAGAAGCUGCACGUGGAAGUGCUGAGCACCUCAUCCAGGAUAGGUCUUUUGCAUCCCAAGGAAACAUUGGGGUAUGUGGAUAUUCCGGUGGUGGACGUGGUGAACAACAAGAGGAUGAAUCAGAAGUUUCACCUUAUCGACUCAAAGAACGGAAAGAUCCAAAUCGAGCUGGAGUGGCGAACUGCCUCCUGAUUUCUUAUUCGAUUUAUGAACAAAGAAAGAGAUAAAUUGGUUUGAUGUUGUUAAAAACUAUGUGUUGUUGUACAAAAUUGGCUUUAACUCUUUAAAACCAACGGCAGAUUUGCAGAGCCUUCUUUUAUUUUGAUUUGUGUAUCUUCGAGUUCUCUCUGAUAUUCGGUAGUGUGACUCCCUGUUUCCACU